GUCAGGAGUUGAGGUGAAAGGAUUAUAGACAAUCAGAGGCAGCAGGGCUCUCACUGGCUACAUCCACACCCGCUCUGGAAAGAAAAAAGGCACUUGGUAUGUGUCUCCUUGAAUGAGGUACCAUGGCCAGAUUCUUACAGGCUCUGCUAUUCCUGGUGAUCACAGUGGGCCUUGUGUCUAGAAGAGUCCAAGCCUGGGGCUCACCGAAGAUUGUGAGGCCAUUCGAAGACAUCCCCAAAACCUAUGUCUAUGUGCAGCAAGCACUCUGGUUUGCCAUGAAAGAGUAUAACAAGGCUAGCAAGGACCGGUACAACUUCAAGGUGGUUGAAAUCCUAAAAUCUCAGGAGCAGGUCACAGACAGUCUGGAGUACUAUCUUGAAGUAAAGAUUGCCCGAACAAUGUGCAAAAAAACUGUAGGAGAAAAUGAAAACUGCUUGUUUCAACAUGAUCCUAAGAUGAAAAAGAUGGUGUUUUGCAUUUUUAUUGUUGCAUCCAAACCAUGGAAAUUUGAACUUAAGAUGUUGAAGAAACAAUGCAAAGAUAUCUAAUCAGUAUUCAGCACACCUUGCCACUCUCACUUUUCAUCUAAAUAAAGAUGCUUGCAAGAUAA